AACAACAUCCCCGAGGUACCCCAUACAUCUGACUAGCAAUACAUGUCUCGAACAGCUCCUACUUAGACCCCCUGCUGUACAUAAUCAAUUGCAGUCAGCCCUGACAACCACAACAAUGGCCGACUCCCCACCAAAGCCCUUCGCAGAGCAGCUGGAAUUCAAAGAGCUAGGAGAGAACUCAUGGACCACCAUCCACCCGCCCCAACGCAUGGGCAACGCCCUCCCCAUCGCCUACGGCGGCUACGCCCUCGCCACAGCAUGUAAAGCCGCCUGCCUCUCCGUCCCCGCCGGCUACAACCUCUACUCCAUGAUGGGCAACUUCUUGGCCCCCGUCUCCACCGCCCUCCCCCUGCUCGCCACCACCCGCGUCCUGCGCCAGACCCGCACCUUCGCGACCCGCGCCGUCGAAAUCAGCCAGGCCCAGCCCACCGGUCCGCCGCGCCUCUGCCUCGCCGCCACCGCCGACUUCCACGCCCCCGAGCAAGCCUCCCUGCUCACCUACUCCCGGCCCCCGAGCACCGCGUACUCGCACCACGCGGGGCUCCCCUCGGCGCUCGCCAACGCCGCCGCGCUGCGCGACGCCGGAACAGUCUCACCCGAGCAACACGCCGCCUUCGUGCAGGGCUUCGCCGUCUCCGCGGCGCUCUUCGACACCCGCCCGUGCCCCGAGGGCGUGUUCGCGCAGAACCUCGCCGGCGCGGCCAAGCACGCGCCGCACUCGCAGGAGCAUCUGCCGCUGACUGCGCGCACGACCGCCGACUGGUUCCGCAGCGCCUCGGUGCUGGGCACGCCCACGGACCAGCGCGCCGCGCUGGCGUUUUUCUGCGACGGGUCGCUGAGUUUCUGCCCUCUGAGCUUUAGCCACAUGUAUCUCGACGACAGCGCGGCGUGCUCGAGUCUGGAUUUCGCGCUGCGCGUGUUUGGCGACGUGGAUCUGAAUCAGUGGUGUUUGAGGGAGGUGCGGACGCAUGUUGGAGGCGAGGGGAGGUCGUUUAGUGAGGCGUGGAUCUGGGAUGAGGCGGGGCGCGCGGUGGCGUGUAUGAGCCAGCAGAGCAUCUUGAGGGUGUGGCCGGAGAAGGGGAAGUUGUGAGGUGGGUGGGGCUGGAAUUCAGGUAGGUCUGCUGAACAUAGAUGGUGCGCUUAUGGUAGAA